AUGAGCAGAGCAGCUCGUAAUGGCAAUAGUUCAACAACGGCAUCAGCCGGUAUUACUUCUACAAUGCUAACUUAUUAUGUUUAUGAAGACUUGGUCUUUCAUGUACAAGCGAUUCAACUACAAAUGAUUGAAAUAGCGAAAUUUAUUGAUGAUCAGGCUAAAAAUGAUCAGAAAAUGAGAAUGAAAUUGAAAUCACGUUCGUUGACGUUUGUGGAUCCUUACGGAAAUCCAACAACUAAUCAAUAUUUCGAUCAUGAGAUCAUCAGUACACUAUUCAACAAGUAUAAGAAAGAUUAUGUUCCAAAAUAUUUACAAAAAUGGAUAAAACUUGGAAAAAUGAAUGCAGGUGUUAUUUUACCAUUGACUGAACGUGAACUGAAUUCGACUAUAUCGGAAUAUGAUAAUGGUUAUCGUUUUGUUACUUAUGGCGAAGUCAACCUAUCGAUUAUAUAUUCUGAGCAUAGACGACCUCACACAUUAGUACUAUCAGUUCUUCUGAUUGACAACGUAAAAAAGAUUAAAACACGAAUACCGAAAACUCGAAGACUUGAAAAUAUAGAAUUAAAAUCCUUCACUACAAAUGACGAGUCUUCAAAAAAUGUAGCGUGUUUGAAUGAAGAGCGAACACUCAAUCCCAAUGACACUGUCUUAUCAGCUAAGCUAUAUGAACAUAACUGCAUCAUCAUGGCUAAACUAGUGGAAGAAAGUGCUUCUAACAAAUCUAGUUCAGAUUUUCAUAUCUUUAUAAAGACUCUAACUGGAAAGACUCACACUAUUAAAGUAAAUCCUUUCACGGAUAUAUUCACUGUGAAAGCAUUGAUCCAAGGCAAAGAAGGUAUUCCUCCUGAUCAACAGCGUUUGAUAUUUGCUGAUCAACAACUAGAAGAUUGGCGAACUCUCGAUGAUUACAACAUCCAAGAGGAGAGUACGAUUCAUCUAGUACUACGUUUACGUGGUGGAAUGUAUCAUUUUACAAGUGGUCGACGCAAUUUCGAUGAAUUACCAUCUGCACAAGCCGAAGCAAUAAAACAAGUUCUUGUAUUUCAAUUUGAACAUACUGAUUAUCUAGAAACUUUGCCACUGACUGAUUUACAAAAUUCCGUUUUACGAGGACACACUUUACUCUCAGAAUUGCUCUCGCAAAUCAAAGGUUAUUCGGUAUCCCAUGAUGUUUCAAAUUUAGAAAACGUUAUACUGUCGAAUCCUGCUGAUGGCAAAGACGAUGAUGAUGGUUUGAAUGAUGAAUGA